AGUAUCUGGUUUUUUAGUCCAUCUUCAAUAGUUGGGUAUACAUUUCGCAAACCCCACAAAAUCAAACAACCGAAGAAAUGCGACGCCGGGAGCUGCAAACCAUCCAACUAAAGCUCUCUGAGCUCAAAGAGUACGAGCAGGCCAAGAUGGAGCGCCUGAGAAGCCGCCAGCAGGUGCUGUCGCCGCGCACGCCCACGCCGACGUCCGACAGUGAUGUUCUACCGAUGCCGUCCACCAGCGUUCCGGCUGUUCUACUGGCCAGCGGCACUGAUCCAGAGGAGGACCCCAAGGCCACACCCAAGUCCAGCACCACAUCCACAUAAGGAUACGGAGGCUCUAAAUCUUCACUACCUCACUGGAUGCAGCAACCUACAUAUACUUUACAAAUAUUAUAGUUUACAUAAACUAUUUAAUUUUAAGAUACUUUUCCUAUAUGUAUGACAAACCAAAUACGAACCGAAUUUAGGGUUCACAAUGAACUAUACUACUAAUAUAUUAUAUAUAAAUUUUACUGGUCAUCAUCAGUAAAAUUUAGUGCCAAUACAGCCAGUCUGUUAAAUAUAAGCAAGAAUUUAACAAAUA